GCGCGGGCCGCGGCCGACGCCGACGCGCUCGCCGAGCGGCAGCGCGCGGACGCGGCCGCGCGCGCGGAGGAGGCGCGCGCGCGGGCCGCCGCGGCCGAGGCCACGCCCUGGGACGGCACCGUCAAGCGCGAGGAGGGCGACCGCGUGCUCCAGGUCUACCUCGCGGACGACGCCGCCGAGGAGGACGACAGGGACGCGGAAUUAGUCAAGCGCGCCCAGGCGGCGCUCGAGCGCUCCGAAGCCCUCGAGCGGUCGCGCGCGCUCCUCGAAGAGGUCCGCGACGACGCCGCCGCGCCGCCGCGCGACGACACGCCGCCGCCGCGGCAGCCCACGACGCCGAAUCCGCUGACGCGGGCCUUGGCGUCGGCGACGGCGAAGGCGACGGACGGCGUCGGCGCGGCCGCGUCCAACGCCGUCGGCUCCGCGACGGCGGCCGCGGGCGACGCCGUCGGCUCCGGCGCGGCGGCCGCGGGCCGGGGCUUGGGCGCCGCGCUCUCCGGCGCGGCCGGCGCCCUCGGCGCCGCGUUCGCCGGCGCGGCCAAGGCCCUCGUCGAGGAGGCCGUCGUCAAGCCCGUCAAGUCGGGCGCGGCCGCCGCGGGCGACGGCGCGAAAGCCCUCGUCGAGGAGGCCGUCGUCAAGCCCGUCAAGUCGGGCGCGGCCGCCGCGGGCGACGCGGCCGCGGCCGCGGCCACCGACGUCGCCGGGUCCGCGCUGAGGACCGUCGCGUCCUUGCCACAGCGCGCGCUCGACGCCUACAGCUACGAGGACCCCGACGUCCCCGACCUCACGAAGCCGCCGCCGGCCGCCGUCGCCGCCGCGACGGACGCGCUCGGCCCCGCGGCCGUCGCGGCGCUGCAGACCCUGUGCAUGGACCGCAUCCUCGUGCUCGUCGACGAAAAGGUCAUCAAGCGGCGCGACGUCGAGAAGUUCCACCAGACCAUGGUGGCGAACGAGCUCGUCGCCGCGGCGGCCGCGCUCCGGGACGUAAA